CAAGCCGACUAGUGCAUUUCAAUAUGAAGCUGGUCAGAUUUUUGAUGAAACUCAGUCACGAAACAGUGACCAUUGAGCUCAAGAAUGGAACACAAGUUCACGGCACCAUAACAGGGGUAGAUGUUGCGAUGAACACACAUUUAAAGGCAGUGAAGAUGACGAUCAAAAAUCGUGACCCAGUGACACUGGAUUCGCUCAGCAUCCGCGGCAAUAACAUUCGUUACUACAUUCUGCCAGACAGUUUACCACUGGAAACGCUGCUGAUCGAUGAUGCUCCAAAGACGAGAGCAAAGAAACGUGAAGCUAAUCGCGGAGGACCCCGUGGUCGGGGAAGGGGAACGCGCGGUGGUCGAGGCGGCCCUCGGGGUGGUCGUGGUGGUGGUCGAGGACGUGGAAGACGCUAGAUGUGAUCACUGGUUGGAUCAAAACCACCGCACGCAUUAGCCAUAAGAGAUGAGAUCGAAAACAUUUACGUUAGGAAUAACUUUCAUUUGUGUGGAUAUUACAAACACAAAAGGAAUACAGUUGUAACACGAAUAAGGAUUACUUCUCAUCAGCCGGAAUGUGUAGUUUACUAUGCUAUUUUCAGUUAGUCACACUCCGUUUACUAAAACGUACAGACCGUAAACAAGAAAGCAAAUAAAAAAUAAACAU